AUGGAAUACUCCAUUAAGCCGAAAAUGGAACAAAAAUUAGGUAAACGAUUGAGGACGGUUGAUGUGCUACAGUUUGGACUACCUCGCUGGGAUGAAUUGAGUUUUGAAGAAAAGGAAGAAUGGAAGGAAAGAGCGAAGGAAUAUAACAAGUCGAAGACAGGAAGAAAUCAAAGAAUAUUAAGACGGCUUGAAUAUCAUCAAAGAAAGCAGCAUGUUGAUGAGCAAAAGAAUUUCGCACAGCCUUAUAUAUCUCGAAAAUUGAAGCCAUCUAAAAUUAUACCGCCAUCACGCCGCUACGAUGAAGUUGAUCAGUAUUCGCGUAAAUAUUUUUCUGGAAUUGAUGACGAUUUUGAAGAAAAACGUGAAAAUGAUCGAAAAGAGUUCAUCGAUCGUUACCAGUGGAAAUUUGCGCAAAAAGACCUGGAAAGUAAGAAGAAGUUUUUCUAUGAAUCUGAGAUUAUAUUUGUGACGGCCAAUGUUUAUUAUGAAGACAGCUCAAAUGAGCGGUUGAUACCAUCUGAAAUUUCAAUAUUGAAAUUUAGCAUCAGACGCGGAAUUUAUGACCACCGUCACUAUGUCUUAGGUUUUGCGGAAAAUGGAAUACUGUGCAAAAAUUCUGAAGUAGAGGCUGAAGAAAAUGAGCAAACAACUGGAUUGCUGAUGGAUUGCAGCAAAAUGACUGGAAAUGCUCGAUUUGAUUAUGUUCAAAUUUGGGACGAAAUAAAAGAAUUUACGAAGAUAGCUGGUGAUAGUGUGAAGCUUUUGUUGCUUUCCAAAGACUGGAAUGUAGUCGUCGGAUCUUUUGAUGCCCUUUUUAUGCACGCGAAUGAAAAAUCUUUUUCUCGUAUUGAAACACGUUUUGCAAUCUUGGAGGAUUAUUUCAUGGUUAUCUAUGCAAUAGUGCACGAUGUUUGUAUAAAUAAUAGCAUUAAAUCUGAUGUUGCUAUAGAAAUGAAUAAAUCAUGGUGCCGUGAUGAUUUGAUGAUGUGUGAUUUUCAUGAUGGUUUAAAAUAUACCAAACAGUAUCAAGCUAGGAAUUGUUCUCUUUUCAUUGCUCACAAAGCUGUAUUCAGCUUUCUUAAACUUUGCAAAAAACAUGUUUUUCCCGCAUGCAAAUUUGCUGAACGACAUAUACCGAAUAAAGAGUUAUUACCAACAGUUGAAGACGAUUUUUUGGAACGGACAUCACAGCAGUGGCCAUAUUUACGAUCAUCCAUUGACGAAGCGGGUUAUAGUUCUGUUGACAGUAUCGCAAUACAGUCGAUUUCGCUACCGUUGCCAAAAAAGAUAACAUUAAAAUCAAAUAUGAUGAAAGAAACAGCUUCGGCUUAUAGUACCGGACGCGCCAAAUCGGCUGCUACCGUCUUAGAGAAAAAAACAAAGUCCGCAUGUAACACAAUAAUUGAUAAAGAUAGCGAAUUAGGAAGUAUGACUAAUCAAAUCGGAUUUCAUUAUCAUAUCAAAAAAUGGUUAGAUAACCAACCCUUCCUGCCGAAUGCGGACAGUUGCGAAACGAGUUUCUUCUCGUGCAAUCCUCAUGUUUCUGACGCUUCCACACUCGAUAAGCACUACGCUCCAGUUGAUAGGGUCACCGACCAACAGUUGUUUUCGACAUCCCAAUUCACAUCCUUUUCAGCACACCGACCUUACCGGGAAAUCCCACUACAUCGUGACGAAGGACAAAAAUCAAAUUUUGGUGUAACCAAAAGUCAGAAAUCUUUAAGUUUUCGGUCUUCUACAGAUGACAUAGGAUUUUCUAAUGUUGUGAUUAAUAGUAAUCUCAACAAGAUUUUACCUAGCAAUGAAAAAGAUGAGGUGCUGGUUGACCUAAGUCUAAUUGAUAACGACAGUGAUGCAGAAUUAUUCUGUGAUGCUUCAAUCCCUUCAUCGCUUUGUGGACAAGGUUCUCUGAUGCAAGCAUCGCAACAAUUAGCGCCAAGAAUAUCAGAAGCCUAUCAAAAUUACUCGUUUUUGAAAAUAUCAAAUAAAGUUAGACAAACUUCUCUCUCACCCAAAAAAAUAGAGGCAACUCACAACACUAUAAAAAAUGUACCAGAAUCGUAUCAUGAUCAACUUGUUUCAACUCAUAAUACUUAUCCUCUUUCUGAAAAAUUAGAUCGAAUAUUCAAUCAGGAUAUGAUUAUUCCGUCAAGAAGAGAAUCGAAAGAAUGUGGUCCGAAUUUCAUACGCUAUCCGCAGAAAACACCGAAGUUGCCUUUACCGAAUGAUAAUUUGAUUCCUGAGCGAACGUCUGGUGGUUUCUGUAUUCCAGAUUUCUAUCAAAAAAACUGCCCAUACAUAAGGAGAAAUCGAUCAGCUACAUCAACAUCAUAUCGACAAGCAGAGGAUAGACAGAAAAACAUUAAUGAAAAAUCCGGAAUAAUUGCAAACCAAAUGAUAAUGCCAAGGAAUCCACAUGCGUCGAAUCAAAGCGUAGCCCGAAAUGAACAGAAAGAAAGAAAAGCUGACACAUCUGCUGAUAAAUUACAGCAUCACUCAUCUUCCAGUCCCACUCAGCCAUUGCUUGUUAAUAACACCGAUGGAUAUAAAUGUACGAGUCAGAAAGUAAAUGUUACGAAACCGUUUAUUUUGGAGCCUCUUAUUUGCAAAGAGGCAGAAAUGUUUGGUUGGUCGGAAAACGUACAGAAUGUUUCCGAGCAGAAGUUUACUCGGUGGCUGAAUUCGAUGUAUUUCGAAUCUGAAAUAUCCAGAAGUAAUACUUGA